AUGGCAAUCAUAUCUUCUUUCAACUCCCAAAUUUCAGUUUUAACAAUACUUCUUGUAUUCCUUUCUACCAAAUCAUCUUCAACUUCCAGUUGCAUUACAGAUCACUUCAUUCAAUGUUUAAACAACCGGUCAGACCCUUCUUUUCCGAUCGCCGGAUUGAUUUUCACUCCGGGAAACUCAUCUUUUCCCUCCGUCUUGCAAACUUACAUCAGAAACCUUCGAUUCAAUAAAUCUACCACACCAAAACCGAUUUUAAUCAUCACUGCCAAGCAUGUUUCGCACAUUCAGGCAGCUAUCAUGUGCGGCAAAGAAAGCCGGUUGCUAAUGAAAACAAGAAGCGGCGGCCAUGAUUUAGAAGGUCUUUCCUACGUCACAAACACGAAGGAACCCUUCUUCAUUGUCGACAUGUUCAAUUUUCGGUCGAUUAACGUGGACAUUGAACAAGAAACCGCAUGGGUCCAGGCGGGUGCAAUUCUUGGUGAAGUCUACUAUCGAAUAGCCGAGAAAAGUAACACUCAUGGUUUUCCGGCAGGUAUAUGCCCCACGGUUGGUGUUGGUGGAUAUAUUAGUGGUGGAGGAUGGGGCACCAUGUUGAGAAAAUAUGGUCUAUCAGUUGAUAAUGUUGUUGAUGCUCAAGUAAUUGAUGUGAAUGGCAAGCUUUUGAAUCGGAAGAGUAUGGGUGAAGAUUUGUUUUGGGCCAUCACCGGUGGUGGUGGUGCAAGUUUUGGGGUGGUUCUAGCCUACAAGCUCAAACUGGUUCGUGUUCCUGAAGUCGUGACGGCAUUUAGGAUCCAAAGAACAUCGGAACAAAACCUCAGCACCAUCGCCCACCGGUGGACACAAGUUGCUGAUAAGCUAGAUAACAAUCUUUUCCUUCGAAUGGUAUUGAGUACCAUAAACAAUACAAACGGUGAAAAGACAAUUCGUGGUACGUUUAUAACGUUGUACCUAGGAAACUCAAUGAAUCUUGUUACACUCUUGAACAAAGAUUUCCCCGAAUUAGGGUUACAAAAGUCGGAUUGUAUCGAAAUGAGUUGGAUUGAGUCUGUGAUUUAUUACAUGAACUUCCCCAUUGGUACUCCGACCACAGUACUAUUAAACCGUACACUGAGAUUUAGUAACGGCCCUUCUAAGACCAAAUCCGAUUACUUAAAAAACCCUAUCUCUAAACAAGGUUUUGAAUUCAUAUUCGAUAGGAUGAAAGAACUUGAAAACGUAAUGAUGGCUUUCAAUCCAUAUGGUGGAAGAAUGAGUGAAAUAUCCGAAUUCGCAAAACCCUUCCCACAUCGAUCGGGUAACAUAGCGAAGAUUCAUUACCUAACAAUCUGGGAAGAGCAUGGAAUCAAAGCGGAAAAUCGAUACUUGAAUUAUACAAGAAUGAUGUAUGAUUACAUGACUCCAUUUGUGUCUAAGAACCCUAGAGAAGCAUUUUACAACUACCGGGAUUUGGAUAUUGGUGUAAACAGCCAUGGCAGCAAUGCUUCUAUUGAAGGUAUGGUUUAUGGACAUAAAUAUUUCAAAGAGACAAAUUACAAGAGGCUUGUUAGAGUGAAGGCUAGAGUUGAUCCUUGCAAUUUCUUUAGGAAUGAGCAAAGCAUCCUAACUUCCAAAGUAUGUCUUCUAAGGAUGUCAAGUAAAAAUUCAGAUAAUAAUGAUAUGAUUAUCUAA